AUCAACAGAAACCUUGAGUCCUAGUAACCAUCAACUUGUGCAAAUAGUUGAUGAAAUCUCUAUUACAAAUUUUCGCCCGUUCAUCAUAUGUCUUGGUUUAACCGUAAAAAAGUGGGAAGAUAUAUUAUAUCAAUACGAUGUGAAUGGAUUGAUGGGUGUAAAACUGAUGGCAAUGUAUGAAUUAAAAACGGAAAAGGAAACCAUCAGUCAACAAGUCAGAUUCAAAGAUUUGUGGAAAUCUUUGAAUUUCAUAGAGAUUUGGCCUCAUUACCUCUGUCAGAUAUUAAAAGAAGACUCUAAUUUGAUAGACACUGACAGUAGUACAUUGCAAGAAAUACCUUCAGACGAAGUUCUAAAAUUGUUGUCUCGAGAAAUGGGAAACUGCAUAAUUCAACUUGGAUUAGAAUUAGGACUUAGCUUUACCAGUAUUCAAGAUACCAUGUACAAAUAUCCCAAAGACAUGUACGAACAGUUAUAUGACAUUCUAAAAAAAUGGAAACUAUCAAGCGAACCAACAGUAUUAAAUUUAAUAAAAGCUCUCAAGCAAAUACAAUCAGGUGGAAUAAAAUUUCUACAAGAGCAGUACAAACUCAAUUGAAAAUACAUGCAGUCAAAACAACUUCCACAUUAUAAUCUAAUCUGAAGAAUUUGUAGUAAACUUUGAAUAAAAAUCCACAAUAUUAUGAUUUAUUUCACAAUAUUUGUGUCAUACCUCAAAUAUACCAUAUAUUGAUUAGAGGGUUUCUGUGAUUAAAGCAAUGUCAUUCAAAAGUCAAAAUCCAUUAGGUUGACCUCAUGAAUUUAAAACACCUUAUUUUUAAGGAAGCAAAAUGUUAUUAUAUGUAUGUACUACUGACUAUUGGCUCUCUGUCUAGUUCAAAAUUUUGGAUAAUGUUUCUUAAGCUGUAUGUCACAUUACAGUAAAUAACUUAAUGGUCAAACAUAAUUUUCAUUUAAUAGAUGAAUUUCUUACAAUUCACAAUCCCAAUGAGGUUGGCGUGAUAAAUUUGGGUAAAGUGGCAACAAUGUUUGAACUAUCUAUUAUAUAUAAAGCAUUAGGAAAAAUUAUAAGUAAAUAUCUUCUUGCCUGUUUUCAAUAUUUAGAAAGAUUUUUUUUUAAAAUACAACACAAAUGGUAUCUUAAAUUGCUACCCAUAGUAAAGUUGCAAAGAAUUUGUGAGCUUAUUUUCAAAAUAUCCUCAAAAUCUUCUUGUACAGAAUGGGAUUACAACAAUUGUCAUGUCAUUUUUAUUUUGCCAUAAGGUAUCUUGUAAUUAUGAAUAUGAUAAAGUAACUUGAUAGUCUGUUGGUGUACUUGUAGUAGGUAAUAUAACACUGUUUUUUGUAAAUAUUUAUCCUCUUUCUAGGUUUAUUAGUUAUGUUUUAGUUCACAUAGUCUCAAAGGCCAUGUGUACUUUUUACCAUCACCUGGCAUCCACCCGAUGAAAAGAAAUUCUGAACAGCAAAAAUAAUAAUAAUAACAAUAAGAUCUUUAAAUAAGGAAUUUGGCAAAAAUCGUUAAUUGACCCCUUAAAGGAGAUGAAGCCGUUGAACGAUACUUUUAACACAUUUCGGCAGUUUUUGCAGAAACUAUAGUAGAUAGACAUCAGAUAGAGGUUUUUUUUAAAUGUUUAGAAAAAUUAGAUUUAAAAAUUAAGUCCACAAUGGACUAAAUCAUAUAUGUAUAAAUAUCCCUCAACCUAAAAUACAGGAGUUAUUGCCUUUAAAAGGCGUUUUUUUCUCAUUUUCAAAAAGUAGUAUUAGACGGAGUAAAAUUGUGAUAAGCAAAAAUGUUCUCCAAAUUAAGAUCUAAAAACAGUCAACAAGGGCAAACUAAUUUAACAUUUAUAAGAAAUAUUGCACUGAGAAGAUUAUGUGUAUCCUUUUUAGCUCGACAGGUGAGCUUAUGUCAUCACUUGGCGACCGUCGUCUGUCGUCGUCGUAAACUAUUUAAAAAAUCUUCUCCUCUGAAACUACUGGGCCAAAUACCUUUAAACUUUAACAAAAUGUUCUCUAGGGUAUCUAGUUUAUAAAUUGUUUCCGAAGUUUUGAUCCAUCAACAAACAUGGCCGCCAAGGCUAAGAAUAUAACAUAGGGGUCAAAUGCAGUUUUGGGCUUAUAUAUCAGAAACUAAAGCAUUUAGGGCAAAUCUGACAUGGGGUAAAAAUGUUCAAAUUGGUCAAGAUCAAUUAGCCCUGACAUAUUCAGACGAAUCGAACAACCCAUUAUUGGGUUGCUGCCACUAAAUUAGUGGUUUUAAGGAAAUUUUGCAGAUUUUUAGUCACCUUCCGUCGAAGUCGAAGAGGACUGUAAGUUUAAACUCCGUUCGUCUGUCUGUCUGUCCAUCCGUAAGUCCUGCAAAUCAGCUUUCCAAACUUUUGUUCUUCUUUCUUGGAGAUAUUGAUUUAAUAUUUUUUAUAUAGUUUUAUCAUGACAAGUUAUAGAUCAAGUUCGAAUUUUGUUCCGGUCUGAUGAUUUAGUCCAGAGUUAUGGUCUAUAAAAAAGUCCAUAUCUUAUGUUGGAGUGCUAUGUUAAACCAUAUUUCUAUACAAAGAGAGAUAACUCAUUUUUUUAAAGAAAUUAUUUUGUAAAUUGUUGAAAAGUUUGUGCCACGUUUGUUAAAUGUUGUUUGUUGUUUUGUAAACUAAUUUUCUGAAUGCUAUAUAUAAAAAAAUAAAAUA